GUAUUUCUGAAACUGAUUUCCUGAGAUUCUAUAGUUUGCACAAAAUGGUGCAAAAAACAAAAAAUAUUGAGUAAGUGACAGUUCUGUGGGUGGGAGCACCUUGUUGAUAAGAGAGUUCAGAGGAAAAUGGCCAGAUUGGUUUGAGCUGCCAGGAAGGACAUAAUAACUCAUAUAAUCACUUUUUACAACUUUGGUAAGCAGAAAAGCAUCUCAACAUGCACAAAACAUCAAACUUUGAGGUAGUUGGGCUACAACAGCAGAAGACCACAUUAGGUUCCACUCUUGUCAGCCAAGAACAGGAAUUUGAGGCUAUCAUGGGCACAGGAGCACCCAAACUGAACAGCUGAAGAAUAGGAAAAAAAAAUCACCUGGUCUUUUUCCAGUCUUAUACUGGAAGUAUAUGCCCAUUAUAGCCUCAGAUUCUUGUUUUUGUCCAUAACAUUCCAUGUUUUGGAUCAUGAGCAGAUUCAUUCUUCAUCCACUUUUAACGCUUUGGCUGAGGUUAAUCUUGGUUCCAGAACAUUUGUGGCUCAUCUCUGUAUUUCUUCUUUAUUGGAGCAUUCCAAUCUGACCUUCUGAUUCUUACUGCGCAUGAGUAGUUUACAUCUUGAGGUAUGGCCUCUAAUUUCUGUACUUGAAGUCUUCUUCGAAUUCUGGAUUGUGAUACCCUCACCCCUGCUCUGUGAAGGUUGGGGAUGUCAUUAAUUGUUAUUUUUGGGUUUUUCUUCACAGCUCUCACAAUAUUUCCAUCAUCAACUGCUAUUGUUUUCCUUGGCUGACCUGUUCCAUGUCUGGUUGUUAGUACACCAGUGGUUUCUUUCUUUUUCAGGACAUUCUAAAUUGAUGUAUUGGAUAUGCCCAAUGCUUGUGCAACGGCUCUGAUGGAUUUUCCCUCUUUUCUCAGCUUCAAAAUUGCUUGCUUUUCUCCCAUACACAGCUCUCUGGUCUUCAUGUUGGUUUAUACUUUUUAACAACAAAUUCAAUCUUCACUGAUGAAACCUAGGGCUCAAACCAAGAGAAGAUAUUCAGAGCUAUUAAUUAUUUAAACAGACAAUUUAUCAGGGCACAUCUGGGCAGCAAGAAACACCGAUCAGUCACAUGUUCCAAUAUUUUUGAUCACUUAAAUGAAUGGGUGGGUUCAACAAAAGAUGCCAUGUUCUAAGUUGUUUAACACAUCUAUAUGUAAAUAUAAGGAAAUGAAAGAUGAGAUUCUGAUCUAUCAUCUCAUGUUUAUCUUAUGAUCUCAAACCCAAAUGUCUUCAAUGUAUAGCGAAAACAACAGAAUUGGUUUUAUUGUUCCAAUACUUUCAGAAGAGAUUGUAUAUACCUAUGGCCGCAGCUUGAAGCUUAAGGUGAAAUAUUGCAUUUUAAAUUGCCUAUAUUUACAUUUUCAAAACUCUACUGCACAAUGGAAUUGGUUGUGGGUAGUUUAUAUAUGUAUAUAUAUUUUAUAGUAUGCAGUUUACUUUACCGUAUAGUUUAUAGUCUAUUUUAUGUAUUUGUUGUAUUUAUAGUCAUUGCACUGAUUGUCAUUGUAGUUACUUAUCCUCUUACAUGUCACUCUUUCAUGUUAAUUGUAGCACCAUGAUUUUGGGGGAACUAUAUUUUGUUCCUAACAUUACAUCUGUCUGUGAUGAGAGGAAUGACAAAUAAAAUUCACUAAGCAGAAUACAAAUGAACAAUAAACAAACAAACAAACGAAUAAAUAAAUACAUUGGUGUGCAGUGCUAUCAGAUUGGCCUGGUCUAUCACAUUAAACUGGUACACACUCCCCUACAGCACACCAUGAAUUGUUUGUUUGUAGGAAUGCACUGAUCCCACAUUUUCCAAUUUAAAUAGAGCAUCAAUAUUAUCUCUGAUGAAAAAUCCAGAUGGAUCUGACCAUCUACCAUCUGCCAACACAGGCUGAGCUGGUAGAUCAUCUUUGCCAGCUGCUAAGCACUGAUAUAAAGGAAACAGUUUCUGAAUAAUCACAGCUAAUGCAACACUGUAGACAAAUCGUUUUAAAGAAAAUAACACAACAGUAAGGCAAUUAGAAAUCCCAAUCAUGUAUUUAUCAAUUUAGUCAAGUAAUAAGAAAGCUGGAAAAUAACUUUCUAGCUGGUAAAGAUCAUCUUCCAGCUCAUGGUCUGGCAGCUGCUAACUGCACAGACCUGGACUAUUCAGCAGGGAUUGCUCUGGAUAUUGGCUGAUAUUUAUUAUUGAUCUGAUAAGUUGUCUAAGACUCUUCUCUGCAAGCUUCUGUUGCCAAUGAGUGCAAAACAUCAUACAUGUUCAUGUAAUAAAGUAUGUCAGAAAAUCAGAUUUAAAAAUAAAUAAAUAAAUACAUUAAACAGAAUCUGAUCCAGUCCAAAUAUUAAAUACUGUAUUCUUACUUAAAUACCAUUAAAAAAAAUUCACUCUACAUAAUGUGGGAAAAUUUUCUUUUAAAAGCAGAUUAUAACUUAUUUUUGUAAUGGGAGCAAUAUAAAUGUCUAACAUUAGUACCCCAAUAUAGGAGAACCUCACCCAGACACCCUACUAUAUGCCAAGAGUAAUGCUAAAUUAAAGUUAUAGUGUGCCCUUAAUUCCAGGCUAACUAACUAACUAACUAGCUCAGUGGUCCAUGAGGAGAUGGCAUAAACAAGUCAUUCACUGACCCAUUUAUCCUGUUUCAUCACAUCAUAACUAACAGCCGGAUGGAUAAAAGCUGAAUGGAUACGUCCUAAACCGCAUACCGUGUUAAACAUUAGGUUAUAUCAGAAUCCUACGCCGUUAUAUGUUAUGGAGGAAGCUAUAGCUAAUAAUCAGGAGCUCCAUGCAAGAAAAGAAGGAGCAUAUCAGCAGCGUCCUGCUCUCUCCCUCAGCCGUUAUUUUGAUGGAGGCGCCCUUCACUCCGUUAUAUUCCGGCUUUAAGGGAGCAGGUGCAGGGAAAAGAGGUUAAGCAUCACCACGGAUAAUUAGCAAAACGACCUGAUUUUAAAGCAGCGAGGCGUUUAUUUUCCCGUGUGACAAGAAGAUGGUCGCCAAACAGAGGAUCCGAAUGGCCAACGAGAAGCACAGCAAAAACAUCACGCAGAGGGGCAACGUGGCGAAGACCCUGCGACCACAAGAGGAGAAAUAUCCAGUGGGACCAUGGCUUUUGGCACUUUUCGUAUUUGUUGUUUGUGGAUCAGCCAUCUUUCAAAUCAUUCAGAGCAUCCGAAUGGGAAUAUGAAUCCUGCACCUCCUCUACACAUCCAUGAGAUCUGCGCCUAUUAGGCGCAGUAGUAAGGAAAACUGGAGGCUGCAAUAGUGAUCGUCAGCUCUACGCGAAGGAGCCAAGUCCUGUGCACAGUAUAUGACAUUGCCAUUCACUUGUUUACAGUGUACCUGGAUGACAGGAACAAGUGCUUUUCUACUGAACCAUUGUGGCCGGCUUUGCCACCCUCAUGUCCGAUUUGUGCAAUAGAAUGUGUGCUUUUGUAACCAUUAAUGUUGUGCGACAUUUUGUUUGUAUAUGUUGUUUAUUCUAUUAGUGUCGUGUAUGACGAUUUUGAAAAUAAAUUCUACACAUUUGGGAAAUGUCUGUUUUAGCUUUUGGAAAUAUACAAAGCCUGAUAUCAUGCAGAAGGUAAGAAGAGAGAACAUUUAAUUAUAAAGUAAAUAAUAGAAUUAUAAGCACGAUAGUGAGAACACUUUAUAUCCCCUUCUUUGUUUUGUACAGCUCACAGUCACUAUAAGGAUUGUCCAUUUGAAAUAAUGAAGUGCCAGUUUGGUUAUCUGAUUGCAGUCAGGUUUUAGAUCUACUUUACUAGAAGCCCAAUACAUGAUGAUUCGUAAGAAAGAAAUUCUAAGUGGUUUGAAAUGUCAGGGCUAUAUCAAUCUUGCUCCCGUUCUUGCAAGGACACCUGACCUAAAAGAUGGGCAGAAGGGACAAAAAAACAGGCAAAACAAGUAAAUUGUAGAGAUACUGAAGUAACUGGUUUUGUGUGAAGCAGCCUUGAGAUAACAGAUUAUUAAUCCUUAAGUUAGAUGACACAGUAGUUUACUGCACCUUUUCUUCUUGGUCUCGCAUGCAUGCAUACAUACAUACAUGCAUAGACACACACACACACAUACACACACAUACAUACAUACACACACAACUACUUAAAAUAACACAAAUGUUCUCAGCCAAGGUUCCUUAAACAUUUUAUUGAGAGUUGUGAAGUGCAAUUGAACUAUUUUACACCUUAUCACCGGUUUUGAGAGACAUGCACGCAACGUAAGCAUACAACUUAUAUAUAAAAUGCAGCAAUAAUGCAUAUUAGUUAUUAAUGAUAUUCAGAAUAACUAAGUUGAAGGUUUGAUCUCCAGAGUACUUCACUGUCAAAAACAGAAACAAAUCACAUGGGUGCAAUAUACUUCAAAUAACUUCAAGUGAACAAGGUAUACAGUAGGUGUUAACACAGCCAGGAAGUUGAGUAGUUGUCUUUUGUCCUGUAAAUAUCCUAAGACUGAAACCUCCGUUCUUGUAUAACAGCAUAGAAAAAGUCAAAUAUCUCAGGCAAACCAACAACCCUGUCUUUAGUUUGUACAACCUAAAUAGUGUCUCUUAGUUUUUCUCACAAUAUCACUAUUUUACAGAUUACUUACACUAAAUAUACAAGGAUAUACAGGAGCCCACAUUCAUUCUUCCAUCCAUUCUCUCAGCUCAACAUCUUUUUCCCCAGAUUCUUUUGAGUCACUGCAGUGAAACAGCAGCUUUUAUGUCGCAACAGAUCGAAUAAGGAAUUCAAUGUUAAAUACUGAAAAUCAAUACCUCCCUCCUAGGCAACUUUACUCCCUUCAUUCACCCAGGUAUAAUGAUGACCCUAAUGCAAACAAUUGAGACACCAUCUCGUACACCUUCCACAUAGUUGAUGGUGCACUGAUUAGUUGUUCAACAAAGAAUUUUCACAUUUGUCAUCAUUAAAGUGCUUGCUUUUUGGAGUCUUCAAAAAAGACUGAUCAGCAUUUCCACUACAAAAGUGAGGUAUGGAAACACCAUUACAAAGCCAGAGUUACCACUGAAAAAUGACAUCGCUUAAAAUCCUUUAGACACAGGCACAGUGAUUUGAGUUGUGUCCGCUUCGAAUUUUCUUUCUCCCAACAGUCACAAUCCAUGGAAUUUGGCAAUAUCCAACAUGUCAGCAAACUACUGGACUGUCAGCAGUGUGUACAGCAAUGCAGUGUAGCCUUUGUCAGG